AUGAUCACCAAGGGAUGGCUGCUGCAUGUAGGCCUAAUGAUGCUUUUCGUCUCCAAAAUCUCAUCUCUGGACUUUAACCGGUUUCACAGCUGGCUACAUGAAGCCAACAAGGCCAACUUGGAGCUUCUGAAGAACAAAAUGGGAACAACCAUUCCUAUUCAAUGCAUAGGAGAGGAAAUGGACCUCUCAACAAAUCAGGAAAUCUUCACAAACAUCAAUGAAGUCCAAGUGGAGAAUGCCAAGGCAGCUAUACAAGAGAUCCUCCAACAGACUCUGCACGUCUUCAGACAAAACCACACUGAAAUGGGUUGGGAUGGCAAUUCCACAACCGCUUUCCAGACCAAACUGGACCAGCAAAUUCAGAAGCUGGAAACAUGUUGGAGUGCAGAGCUGGAGCGUGGCCCCACAUCUCCAAGAGGUCAGAAAACUCUGCUCACCAGACUGAGAGUGAAAAGAUACUUCCAAAUACUCCAUGAUCUCCUGAAAGAUAAAGAGUACAGCCUUUGUGCUUGGUUGACUGUCCAGAUCCAGAUCAGGCAAUGUUUUGUGCUGACAGAUCAACUCAUCAAAAGGAUCUCUAAUGAAGGUACUGUACACUUUUUAAAAAAAAAUACAUAGGACUUGAUUAGAACUAGGUGAGAAAAACAGCUAGUUUCUCAGCAACCUUUUCAGGAUGUCUAACCUGCACUCACUUGCCACUAAGAAAUGUUCAUAAUUCUUCUUGAAGAAGUUGUUGAUUUCCUCAGAAUUCUGGUGAUUUAGGCUUUCUUCUUUGUUGCUGCAAGAAAUAUACUUAAUCCGCAAGGUCGUGCUAUGUGAAUGGGAACACUCUGCACAAAAGAACAAUGUGGGUGCGGCAGAUUCUGUGGGUUUUCACAUACUACCCAUCUCCUCUUAGCAUCAUGGAGGUACCACCUGUUUGGUCCACCGCAUUGUGUUCUCAUGCAAGACCAGCAACAGGGGAGCACAUCUAGCAAAAGAAGAUUUAUUGCAGAGGAACUGGUUGACCAAUCUUUAAUCUAGACUCUCACAUUUUCCACAUGUAUCUUUCAAAAGCCGUCAAUACCUUUUAAGGAAACUAUGGGUCAAUGUUCUGAAUCAUCUCAAUCUUGGGUUUCGGUUUAUAAUGUUCCCUUCUUGUCAUAAGCAGCUGAGCACAGAAACGUUUCAGACGCGUGAGGAAUGUUAAUGUCUUCCCUUCUUCCUUUCAGCUUAA